AUGGCAACCAGAGGAGGAUUCAGACCAGAAGGUUCCGAUGGUAGUGAUCAUUGGCACAGGGAGAGCAUUGCAUGGCAGUAUAAAAUAAGCUCAAUAAACAAGGGAAGGUUGAGGCUUGCCUUAUUCCUCCACAUACAAAUUGGCUUGCUGAUGUUUGGCCGCCUCUUGCCUGGUUUAGCAAGUGCCUUUGGAUUCACUGUGGUCAGCCUUCGGCGGCUGGAUCUGCCGCACCCAAGACCUUGGGAGUAUGCGUGGCUGAUCAGUCUGGUUGCUGCAGUGAUUGGAUGGCGCUCAACUCCUCACAAUAACAUAUUCCUGCUGAAGCAGUUUAUUUUAGGAGUUGUAGUGUUCGGCAUAUCACCUAUUGUCUUUGGUUUUUUCGACCUGAGGAAUGACAUAAUCUUGUAUUUACAAGAAAGGAAGUACACAUAUGAGAUGUUCAGCUUCCCAGCUGUUCUGCUGUGGAGUGCUUUUUUGUUGAUUGCGCUGCAGCUGCACGCUUUCUCACUUUACUUUAGCUACGUGCUUCUGCGCGCAUGGAGGCCCCGUGUCAUAGAAAAAGCUAAACAUAAAUAA